AUGUUAUCGUUAAGCAAUCUCAAAAUUAAAGAAAUAACCAGUGAAAAUAAUCCUCAUAGUUCUUCGUUUGUCUUCCAAUAUUUUCCUCCCACCCUAGAACUAACUAUUGGAAAUUUUUUGCGCCGCAUUCUACUUACUUUAUUGAGCGGAGUAGCCACUUUUGCUAUCGAAAUUAGGGUUAAAGACAAAUCUGUGACUACUGACGACCAAAUGGUUCCAGUGUUAACCAAAUUUUCUACUUUGGUUGGAGUGGGAAUUCUUGCCGAAAUUAAAGAAAAAAAAGACGAAAUCUAUUGUUUAGAAAUGGAUGUAAACAACCCAGAAGAUAAAGAGUGUAUUGUUACCGCCAACGAUUUCCAAUCUGAUCCACAUUUAGUAAUUAAAAACCCCGAUCUUUAUUUGGCCACUUUGGCUCCAUUUUCUCGUUUACAAAUAAAAUUAUAUUUUCGAGAAGACUUUGGUUACUAUACAGCCGAAAAACAAGAAAAACAUCUUCCCCAGGCUAAAAAUGUAAUUUUUUUCGAUACGAAUUAUUCUCCAAUCGAAGAUGACGGAGUAAACUUUCAAGUCAACUCUGUGGCCACCGGACUAGAAAAAGAAGAAAAGGAAUUAAAGUUAACUAUUGACACCAAUGGCACUAUCUCUCCACGUCAAGCUCUUCUCCAAGCCUUAGAAAUAAGUAAUUAUAUUAACGACAAAAUUAGAAACAAGUUGGUUAAAUCUUAA